AAUAGUCGGCUAAGGCUUAACCAGCUGAACUUCAUUAAGGAAGGAGGGAAUGUGAGCGACGUUCUCAUUCCCCUCCCGUGGAGCGGGUGGGACGUCAACAAGGCCCUGCACCAGCUGACAAGCUUGUGCUCCGGUCCAGCAGCGCAUGAGCAUCACUUCCAGGGAGUCCAGCCCCCCAUCGGUGCUGCAGACCCAGCCGUCCAGCUUCUGGGCGUUGUGGCCGCGGGGGAUUGCCUUUUUAGGAGACACCUGAUCACAGCUGAACCCGCCGCCACUGAGCACAAAGGAGCUGGGGCUGAUAACGCCAUGCUUGUGUGUGUCCACCCUGGGCCAUGAUGGGAGGUGGAGGUAAUGUGCAGUAGAGACAGAGAUCAUCCGUUUGAGGUUCUUCCAGAUGUUUUCGGACAUUGUUCUCAUCAUUCUGUGACUCCAUCCAAGAAAAGAUAUUUUAUUCAUCCAUGAUUGGCUGCGAGACGUGAGUAGAGUCUUGGCAUCAUGGAGAAAUUCAAGGCGGGCAUGAUUGUGGGGGCUGUUGGUGAUGCCUUGGGCUACAGGAAGGGUCGAUGGGAAGGCUGCAUCUCAGGCAAGAAGAUCCAAGAAGAGCUGGCGUCUCUGGGGGGGCUGGGAGCCCUGAGGCUGGACCCUGACAACUGGACACUAAGUGAUGCCACGUUGAUGCACAUGACCACAGCUGAAGCGCUAAUAACAGAUUACUGGUGUCUGGAGGACCUGUACCGGGAGCUGGUGCGUCUUUACGUGGAGGCCAUGGUGUCUCUGCAGGGCAGAUCUCCAGAUCCCGCCACGGUUGAGAGCUGCGUUCAUCUCAAACCUCAUAACUAUCUGCUCGCCUGGCAUACACCCUUCAAUGAAAAAGGAUCUGGGUUUGGCGCCGCUGCCAAGGGCAUGUGUGUGGGCAUGAGAUACUGGCAACCCGAGAGACUAGACAACCUGGUGGAGGUCAGCAUCGAGGUUGGCAGGAUGACCCACAACCACCCCAUAGGCUUCCUGGGCUCCCUGACAACAGCGCUCUUCGCAUCCUAUGCGAUCCAGGGGAAGCCUCUUGUAGCUUGGGGCCGCGAGCUGAUGAAAGUCAUUCCUUUGGCUGAGGAGUACUGCAGGAAGACCAUACGACACAUGGCAGAGUAUCAGGAAAACUGGUUCUAUUUUGAGGCCAAGUGGCAGUUUUACCUUGAAGAGAGAGAGAUAGACAAGGAAGGACAGAACAAACCUUCGUUCCCUGAUCGCUACGAUGCUGAUGAGACAGACAAGAUGUAUAAGCAUUGGAGCUCAGAGGGCCGUGCAGGCAGAAGAGGUCACGACGCCCCCAUGAUAGCGUACGAUGCCCUUCUGGCUGCAGGGAGCGACUGGUCUGAAGUCUGCAAAAGGGCCAUGUUCCACGGAGGCGAGAGUGAAGCCACGGGGCUGAUCGCAGGUUGUCUCUACGGCCUCAUGCACGGCCUGAUCCACGUUCCCCAGGGCCUGUACCAGGAUCUGGACAAACGAGAGCGUCUGGAGGAACUGGGGGAGGCGCUUUACAAGGCAGCGUCUGCAGAUAAAUGCAUAGUCAAACCAGAGUCUAAGAAAACCAUUAUCAGCCCUGAUGCCAGUAUGUUGAGGAAGUUGGUUAGACACCGCAGCUGCCAUCCAGCGCUCCGAGGGAUUCUUGAGACUCUUCUACAUUACCUGACACAAGAUUUGAAGUUAUACUCAAAAAAUGGAACCAUGGAAAAAUCAGGAUCUGUCAUUGUAACAGAAAGAAACACAACUUACAUGGAUGGUGCUAAUGGGACAACUGAGACUUUGAUAAAACAGAGACAACUUCAGACAAGUGGGACUUUGUGUCAACUCCCUAAAGAGAGUCAGGGGGUGAACCCUGGAAAUGCAUGUCACCAAAAAGAUAAAAGAUCAGGAGACUUAAUUCCUCGAUGUCUUACUAGGUUCCAGCUCCUCCAGUCAAAGUUCACAAGGUCCACGCCCAGACCCCCUAUCUCCCAUCAAAGGACCGUAGGAACUCUGUGCUCCAGAGUAAUGACAGGUGACAUAAACCCCAGCCACGACGGUGAGCGUGACACCAAGAGGGAUCGAGCAAAAAGAGAGCUGAAAAAAACGGGCAACGUCAAGGAUAUAGUGGCCAAGUUUGCCAUGGCCGAGCAGAAAGAACAGGAAAUGAACGCACAGAAGAAACAUCCAACCGGACCACCACUCGUCGGAAGAAGGAUGCUUCUAUCUUCGUUGAUGGAAAGGUUUGAAAGCGUGGCCUCUGUGUGUGAGGACAGCAAAUUUAAACACAGACAUGAAAAGUCUUUGGGAGGAAUCAGUGUGAAAAAGAAGACAACUGUUUAUGAAGGAAGCAAACAUGAGCCAGCAGAAAAAUGUGUCCACAAGCAAAACAAACACAUGCCAAUAAUAAGUAAACCUAUUGGGCAGCUGCAAAGAAGCAAUACACAAAAGCAGAUCGUUCAUAUUUCACAGAAAGACUCAAGUAUUCGGAAAGAGGAACAAAUAGAGGAGCUGCCUUUAAAUCAAAACAUUGACAGUGAUUGUUCGUUAAAACAAAUUAGGGUUGAAGAGGUGAAGGGCUGGCGAUUGGGGAAAUGUGAUGAAAUUCAGGCAGCAGUUGAUGAAACUUCCUGUAUCACCAACAGGUUAAAACAUGGACACAUGCAGCUGCUGUGUUUAACCUCUCUGUGUUUGACUGAAUGGUCGCUGGCAGUACCUCACAGGCUUUGUCCACAGAGGGAGGCAGCAGUGGGUUGGCACAUGGCAGCCAUCAUGACCUGCCCUCCUGUCUGGUGCUCGGGUCUAGACGCGUCCCUAAAACAACGCCUGAAGGAAAUCAGACCUGCUGCCUCGGAAAACAUGAUGAUUAUGAAGAGAGACGGCCCCCACAGGGCUUCGCAGCAGUCCCACACUACGUCAGCUACAGCUGAACCCUCCACUGUAGCAAGUGACGGCGCUGUGAAGCCACAAAUCCAGCAGAUGUUUGAGGAUGGAGGCCAAAACAUGAGCCACAGCGUAAAUGACGAACCAGAUCCACUCAAAGAAGUAAUUACUGGAAAACGUUUACCAAAGUAUGCCAUCCCGCGUGUCUAUAGAUGUGAUUAUGAACAAGGUGCUGAUCCCAGUGAUUCCACUUAUCAGCCCACGCAUCAUCAAGAAACUGUAAACCCCCUGGUUGCAAUAGAGCCAUCUCAAGCUGAGUCCUCCUUGUCUGAAUUCACCCCCCUGCUGGUUAUUACAGAACAUGUUCAAGGCUUUGAACUGCAUCCUCCUAAUGAGAGCAGCCUACGUGCAAUAUGUGAAGAGACAAAGGAAGAGGCAAAAGUACAAGUGCAGGAAACAGACAAGGAGGACAGGGGAGAAAAUGGGGAAACACAGGUGGACGUAAAUGGUGCCAAUGCACAGCAAAGUUUCAGGUUGAAGGACACUGGCUGUAACGAUGGGAUAGAAGACAGUCAAACCUUAUAUGGGACUUCACAUGAGAUUCAACCUGACACAGAAAAGCCGAAACAGAGACCAAAGUACACAACCAUUAACUAUGCAGAUCCUUCAGUCAAACAAACGUAUAAACCCAAAACCAUACGUUUCACUGACACGUUUACUUUCUAGGCUGGAACAGCUGCAAUAGCUGCACAGACAUUAACUCCCAUUAAUUAUUGUUUUUGUUUUUAGUGAUUUAGCUCCUUUCAUACAACAGGACCAAUCAGCUGCAGCAGCAUCAACAGAGAGAGCAACAAGCAGCGAGUCUACUGUGUGCAUGUGCUGCUUAUUGCCUUGAAACAGUGUACCACAGAAUCGUAUAGCUAAUAUCUAUUUAUAACAUUUAAAAAUUACUAAACUAAACAUCAUAAUAAAAAAAUCAAAUAAACAUGUUUACUUCUGUUUUCUGCUAUUACAUUGUGGCAGU